AUGAAUACACCAUAUUCGAUUCCAACUAAUCAUACUCCUUCACACUUAGUUAUCCCCGGUGAACUUAGGCUCUAUUCUGGUGCAAGUAAACCUCCCUAUCCAUGGCUUCUGUGUGAUGGUUCGACUGUGUCACGUGCUGAAUACCAACGUUUGUUUGCCGUCAUUGGUACACAAUACGGAUCUGGCGAUUAUGUAACAACGUUCAAUUUACCAGAUUUUUGUGGACGUGUUCCAAUUGGUGUUGAUCCAUAUGAAUUACGUGUGAAACAGGUGACUGAAACUGGCAUAAGUGGUGGAGCAGCAGUAUACAAUUUGACCGUUGACCAAUUGCCAACUCACCAACACACACCAGGUUCAUUAACCAUUAGAACAGCUGGAAGUCAUACACAUUUAAUUAACGAUCCAGGUCAUAACCGUGGAGGCUCUACAAGUAAUGAGAGAAUGGGAGCUGGUGGUUGGGGUAUGAAAACAGGUGGAGGUCACAGGAGUGAUCAAGUAUUGCAUGCACAUACUAUUCCUAUCGGGAGAACAUAUAUCAGUAUUAACGCUGCAGGUGAUCACAGUCACUCAGUUAGUGGUAAUACUGGCUCAGUUGGUCGCGGCAGUGGUUUCAGUUUGUUGCAACCAUAUCAAUCUAUUAAUUACAUUAUUUAUGCUGAAUGA